UUCGUUAUUUUCAUCAGUGCAUCAACUACCAAACUCGAUCCACCACCUCCUCCAUGCACUUGAUGCAUAAUCAAAACAUCGCAUGCAUAAAUAUUUUUGUUCUGAAUUUUCGUACGUGUUGUGUUCUGUUGUCCAACGUGUUUCGGAAGAUAAGUGUUAUUUUCUGCAAUUAAAAUGGACAUAAGUGAAAUCAUCAGCCAUUAUCAAAACAUCGAAAUUAAAUUACCACCUGCCCCUAUAUCGUUCAUAAAUAUUACGGAAGUCAGUAAAGAUGUGGAUCAUUUCGAUGAGAAGGUACAUUUACAAGCAGCUUGUAGUCAGCCCUUUGAAGCGACUGGUGUAUUCAAAUAUGCCAUCGAGAAGUAUAGGAUCAUCGCCCAAGGUGACGAUAUCAAAUCCGUAUAUGAUCUGACGCUCAACACUAAAUCCAGCAUCGAUUACAUGUUCAACCCCGGGGACACUGUGGGAGUUCUAACCAGAAAUUCCGAGGAGGAUGUGGCUGACCUGUUGAGGCACCUGGAUUUGGAGUCUGCCAGUGAUCAGAUCCUUCGGGUUGAGAUUGAUCCAUCUACCAAAAAGAAAUCUGCCAAGCUUCCUCCUUACAUUCCUCCUAUCGUACAGAUCGGAAAGCUUAUACAAGAAUGUCUGGAUUUGAAGGCAUUUCCUAAGAAGCUAUUUCUUCGAGCACUGUUAGACCACACAACAAACGAUUUGGAAAGAAAUUUACUUUCGUUAUUAUGCAGCAAAGUAGGACAUGUUUAUGACGAUGUCAUCCUUGAAUCAAGGUUGGGCUUCGUUACUUUGCUGAAAAGUCUCCCCAACUGCAAACCACCGAUAUCAGUACUUAUCGAGCAUCUACCGCGCUUGAUGCCACGACCAUAUUCGAUUGGAAACUAUCACGAUGGACCUGGACUGGUCGGGAAACUGAGAGUAAUUUUCUCUCUAAACGAUGAACGCCCAGGAUUAACAACCACAAUGCUUAAAAAUUGCUGCAUUAACGGAGACCCAAUAUUUCUGUACUUCAGAAAAUCAACACACUUUACCUACACGGAGGAUGAUGUACCAAAUGAUAUUGUAAUGCUUGGAGUUGGCACAGGAAUUGCUCCGUACCUCAGUUUCUUAGAAAAACGCUCGAAAGCUAUGAAUUCCAAAUCACUGGGGAAAACGUGGCUGUUCGCUGGAUUCAGAUAUGAACAAUGCAACUAUCUAUGCCGCGAUGAGCUCGAACAGUACAUGAAAACGAAAAUGUUGAACAACCUUUCGGUGGCAUUUUCACGAGACCAAGGCGCACAGUUUCGAUAUGUCCAAGACCAGAUUGAGGCCAAUAAAGAAGCGUUAGUGAAGAUGUUGUGCGGAUCCGAAUGUAAAUUGUUUGUCUGUGGCGAUGGCAAAACGAUGCUACCUCAAAUUGAACGUAAGUUUGCGGAAAUCGUAGGUAGUGUACAAGGUAUUGGGCCAGAUGAAUCAGCAAACCUGAUAGCUGAUUUUAAGAAAAACCAGAAAUAUGUGGAGGAUAUAUGGUUGUGAGCUUUCGAUAUAAUAGAUAUUUUGU